GCUCAUAUGCUAUGCUAAUGUGGCACCCUCUCUGCUGGCAAGUAGUUUUGCAUUUCAGCUUUUGCAUACCGGCAGUACAUUUUGGUAGUAGGAUAUUUUCUUGGGAGGAGAGUGAGCUGCUUGCAUAUUUUCCCUCCUUCCAUGAGUGCCAACUGUGUUUUUUCAACAGUGCAUGAGUGCAUUUCGGUCGAAUAUUUUCUUCGGGGACAGUGAGCUGCUUGCAUCUUCUUCCUCCUCCCAUGAGUGUCCUGUCCUCUGCGUGUUUCAGCAGUAACAUGGGCAUUUGUUUACCCCUCUCGAGAAAUUACAGUACAAGAGCAUUAUUAGCCUAGUAAUAAGUGGCAUCAGCUUUCUCCCUGGACGAUUUCGGGGCUUCAUCCUGGCGUUUUUGACUCAUGAUAUCCCCCUCGAUCUACACGCUCAAUCAAAGGGUGGAACUUUUAACGCCUCCGGGGCCCUUGUCCGUGCAUCCUGGCUGAUUUUGGCUUCUCAAUUUGGAUUGCCGCUCUUAACGUUGUUCUGCACUGCACUGGUGACAGCUGAGCACCAAGGCUCCUGCAGGCUGCAGCUUGUGUAAAUCCAGCAUCUCUCUUCGUAUCAUUCAUUGUUCCGGCAUCGAAUUUGGCCGGUGGGAGGGGCAGUACUCAGUGCUCACUGUAUGGCGAUGAGGAACCCUCCCCUUCCCCACUAGUAACAACCGGCUAAGUUUCUGGCUUUUUUGCCCUCGACCACGUUCUCCUAUGGUUUAUCGAAGUUUGCAUUUCUUUUCCAGAACACGCACGAGAUGUUGCUCUCUUUCCUGUUCUGUGGAUCUGAUUCUGUGAUGGCUAGUAGUUUUUUCAGUGUUACCUAUACACUCGCAUAGUUUGCAUCUGAUCCACCCCGUCGAACGCAAUUCUGGAGUUUUCAUGUCGAACACAUGAUUUGUGUAUAGAUCAGUACAGACUGUGAUUGGAAGAAAAGAGGACUUGAAUCAGUCUGAGCAUCCUGGUAAUGCCACCAAGUGGUGAGGUAAUUCUUGAAUAUAUGGCGCGUUUAGUUUUUCCCGGUCUCCAAUGCACAAUGUUUGCUAGUUUUUCACUUGCAUUAUGCCUAAAAUAUAGUAAAAAGAUACUCCCUCCAAUCCAAAAUAAGUGACAUGGUCUUAGUUCAAAUUUGAACUAAAACCAUGUUGCAAGUGACCGCACAUAUAUAACUUAAAAAGUAUUUUUGCGAGGCAAGUACAACGAUAUUAUUCUUGAAUCUGCAUUAUCUAAUACUUUUGCGCAUACUGGUGAUCAAAGUUUUAAAACAAUGACUGCACAUAUAAUAAUGUGACUCAUGUUUGUGGAGGGGGGUGGAGUAACAUGAUUUCAUUUGUAUUAAAAAAGGUAGUACUAUCAUGGUCUCCCUGUGGAGUUAUCAUAUCUAUAUUCCAAAGGAGCUGCACAGGUCCAUAAACUGAAUUUUCUGCAAAAGAAAGAAGGGCCAUAAACUGAAAACUUGUAUGGGGUUCUCAGAAAUCCUGGUGAUGGUGGGGCACGGUUCAAUUUCCAGUAGGGUUUAAGCAUAGAUAGAUCUGACUCAUCCAUUGAUUAGUCAUUAACCUUAUUCCGGGCUGGCCCAUACAGUACGUGGAUGACAGUGGCAUCUGAUACUCGGGCCGGUCUUGAUUUCCGCAGUACCACCAACUGUAAAAUCUCCAGCUGAUCUGCUGAAUUCAGAACUCUUUAUAUAUUCUGAUCCGCGGAUGUGAUCCAGCUGGUACACGGUUGUUAGCAGUACCGACAAUUCUAUUCCCUGUACUGUGGUGCGGUUUCCGUCUUUGCCCUUGCGUCUGUCCGUUGCAUUAGGCUCACUUAACUUUUUCACUUUGGAGGACAAUCUUUAUGUAAGGUUGCAAGGGUUAGUUGUUCCUUGUUGAGCCUUGCAAGAUAUUGACUGCCAGCUCCACCCCGAUCUGCUCCUCCGCAUUUUCCACCCUUUAAGUAAAGCAAGCCCCUUCUCACUUGCCAAACCUGGCAAUUUAGAGGGCUAGGCGUUCCUUAGAAUGGAUGCAGCAUCACACUGAGAUCAGAUGUAUUCCCCUCCCUGCUCUGCUGCUGGAAGCAACGGCGAGCGGAGCUUCACGGCCGGAGCCAACCCGCUCGCGUUGCUGGACCAUGCCAUGGAUUUCGACGAGCACGUCCUUUUUCCUAUGCACAAUGCAGGGAUGCAAGAUGGAGUUCAGUUCUACAAUCCUACUGCUGGUGGUACUGAGCUAAGUAGAAAUAUGAGCAUGGAGAAGGGUUUGAAGGGCGGUAAAAGGAAGGGCUCGGGCGAGGGCAGUUCGAUGAUGCAUUCGCAACAGGAGGAAACCGGUGCCAUGUCUCAGAGAGAGGUCAGCAUGGAGCGCGCGGGUGAGAAGGAAGGCGAUGGUGCUAGCAACAGAGAGGACUACGUGCAUAUCCGGGCGAAGCGCGGCCAGGCGACCAACAACCACAGCCUUGCAGAAAGGUUUCGGAGGGAGAAGAUCAACGAGAGGAUGAAGCAUCUACAGGACCUCGUCCCAGGUUGCAACAAGAUUACAGGCAAGGCCAUGAUGCUCGACGAGAUCAUAAACUAUGUGCAGUCCCUGCAGCGGCAGGUCGAGUUCCUCUCGAUGAAGCUCUCGGCGGUUAGCCCCGAGCUGAGCUGCGAUCUCGAUCUCCAAGACAUCCUUUGCCCGCAGGACGCCCACUCCACGUUUCCGGGAUACGGCCAGCGACUGGGCAACGUUCAUCCCAACAACAAUAUGUACAGGGCGUCGCAGCCGGGCCUCUCGCGCCCAGAACUAUACGGGAACGGGAUCAUCAUCCCGAACCCAGCAAGCGUUCAUAUGGCGAGAACGGCUCAGCAGCUGUCUGCGUUUCCCCAGAGGAGCAUUCUCUGGGACGAGGAACUUGGCAAUGUUGGUCCGGCUGCUUUCCCGUCGGACGUCGUUGGCACCAGCAGCUUGGAGAACUCCGACUCGAUGAAGGUGGAGUAGCUAGGCAGGCUGCAGCUGACGGUUAACCAUGUGCAAAGGCUGCACAGAUCUCCUCGGGCUUUAGCGAGUUUAACUGCUGUCGUUGAGAGGACGAUUCUCUAUGUGUGUGUGUGCGUGUGUGACUUUUGUACAGUUUGACUAAGCAGACGGAUGAAAAGCUUGUGGUCCGCUGUGAUGUGCCAUCUCUGCCUGGACUGGAAUUAUUAGUGGUAAUAAUGAUUGGGUUUGAUGAGUUGAUCCA